CGACAUGCCGUGUAACGUCCGUAGAAACAGCGGAGUCACUUUCUUUGUGUGAGAAAGUUUGUGUUGUGGUCCGUCAGAGCCUCUGUGUGUCCGGAUAAGCGUGUCUGAAUGGACUUUGUGCUGUUCACCUUUUCUUUCUGGAUGUUUUACCUCUGACUCAUCUCCCGCUAGACUACAAACUCAUUCAAGUUAGCUUAGCAUGCUAGCUGGUUAGCAUCGCGGCGCUAGUCAGAGUGACUGUUUGGUGGAGAGCAAACUGUGUUUCUGACGGUGUUUGUGUGGAGAAAAGUUGGUGUCACUGUGUGAAAAAUGUCUAAAGUCCAAACGGUGAGAGCGCUGGUGGAGCAGCGACUGACUGCGGCUGCUGAAGAGAUAUUUGGGCUGUUUGAAAGAACGAUAGCAGAGUACGAGGAGGAACUUUGUCGUUCAAGAGAGAAGAACGAGCGACAACAGAAACUACUGGACGCUGUUUUCAACCCUCAGAUUCACUUACACAGAGCAGACAUCCAGCAGCUGUCGGUGAGUGAAGAAGAGUUUCCCUCUGAGCAGCAGGAGAGGAGCUGCAGUCUAGACCAGGACCAGGAGGAGCCAGAGCCCCCACACAUUAAAGAGGAACAGGGGAAACCUCGGACCAGUCAGGAGGGAGAGCAGCUUCAGGGGCUCACAUUCACUCCUGUCCCUGUGAAGAGUGAAGAAGAUGAAGAGAAACCUCAGUCCUCACAGCUUCAUCAAACACAAACUGAACAGAUGGAAACAGGAGCUGAUGUAGAGGACUGUGGAGGACCAGAACCAGACAGGAACUCUGGUCCAGAGCCACAUUUACAACCUGAUACUGACGACGAGCCUGCAGACUCUUCUGAACCUGAGACUGAUGACAGUGCUGAUUGGAAGGAGACCAGAGAACCUAAGUCAGGUUUGAACUGUUUGAAAAAAGAUGGCGGUCCUGUCAGAGAUUCCAGUUUUAGUGCUGGUGAGAAACGACUUAGCUGCUCUGAGUGUGGGAAAAGAUAUGGCUACAAGCAAGAUCUGAAGAGACACAUGGUUUCUCAUACAGGAGAGAAACCUUUCAGCUGCUCAGUUUGUAGGAAAUCUUUUACACUGAGUGGAACUUUAAAGUCACACAUGAGACUCCACACAGGAGAGAGACCUUUCAGCUGCUCAGUUUGUAGGAAAUCUUUUACACAGAGUGGAACUUUAAAAGCACACAUGAGACUCCACACAGGAGAAAGACCUUUCAGCUGCUCAGUUUGUAAGAAAACUUUUACACGGAGUGGAUAUUUGAUUGCACACAUGAGACUACACACAGGUGAGAAACCUUUCAGCUGCUCAGUUUGUAAGAAAACUUUUACACAAAGUGGGUAUUUAAAGAAACACAUGAGAGUCCACACAGGAGAGAAACUUUUUAGCUGCUCAGUGUGUGCUAAAACGUUUACACAAAGUGGGUAUUUAAAGAAACACAUGAGAAUCCACACAGGAGAGAAACCUUUCAUAAAUGUGCUGGCCGCUCAUCCUCAAAGUUUCAUCAAACUGAGUAGAACAAAGAGGCAGAGCCUCCAGCCAGCAGCCCACAUGAAGAGAUGCAAACCUCUUUUUCAAUCUUUUCAAAGGACUCAAGGAAGAUUUUCAAGUCUUUUUUAAUUGCUACAAAGCUUGUAGGAAUUUUUAUGAAUAUCUAUUGUGUGUAUGAAAUUUACCUACAAUAUAAUUAAACAAUACUUUCUUUCCCAUGAUGUGAUAUGAUAUUCAUUUCCUCUGCUUAUUUAUUUUUUUGUUUUACAGAACACAAGUUCACAAACUGAUAUUUUAAUUUAAUAUUUGAUUGUAGAAGUGUAAUAAUUAUCAACUUUAUUUGUUUCUAACCGCAAAACAAAAUUAAAACAUUCUUUAUUUACCAAAGUUA